AGGCGCCGCCUGGCGGACGUGAUCUCCUUCAACGCAGCCAUCUCCUGCACCAGAGCCGCAGAGUGGGCCUUGGCCUUGGCCUUGCUGGACGCGCUCGGUACAUCUGGCGAUCCUUUUGACGUGGUGAGCCUCAACGUGGCCCUGGCCAGCUGUGCCCAGGCCCAGCGAUGGCGCCAAGCCUCUGACCUGGCGUCCAGGUUCGGAGGCGUCUCCGACAUCUGCAGCUGCAACUCUGCGGUGAAAGCUUGCGAGAAGGCCUCCAGGUGGCAGCAGUCCGUGGGCCUGAUGUCGUUGGCAACUCAAGGCGCCUUACGUGCAGAUGAAAUUACAUGCCACGGAAUCCUCAGUUCGUGCGGCAAAGCUACGGACUGGAGACGCGCCGUUCACGUGGUGCAUCAGCUUGGCACGUUCGUCGAAUUAAAUGUCAUCUCCUUUGACGCUGCCAUUGCUGCCUCUGACAAAGCAUCGCAGUGGCGCCACGUGUUGCUCCUGCAAUCCACAGCAUCAGAAGCCGGCGCGGAGUUUUGCCCCACGAGUCUGGGGGCGAUGCUGCGUGCCUGGCAGCGGGCUGGCUACUGGCUAAUGCUGCCCCAAUUACUGCAGCAGCUAGCGGGAAGCUUUGAGCUGAAUGCCACCAGCAGGUGCUCUCCAUGAAUUAUUCGAAUUGACACGCACCCACAACAAGUGGCGGCGAAUGGGUGAAGACAAGAAGGUUCAAGCACGGACUGCUGAAGGAGGGCAGAGCCUGCCUCUAUUUGACGCGGACGAGGCGCUUUGCGGAUGUUGAUGGUCAUGCCUGCGCUCCUGCUUGAGUGGCGAUGCGUCGUGGCGUCUAUUCCACCGGCAUCGCGGCAAACAAAUGGCAGCACAUUGUGCUGUCGUGCUGAGACGGCAAAGCUAGCUGAGGCGGAAAAAGCGUGUACUUGCUG